AAACAUGACUUCCAGCUAAAUUUACAGGAUCCAUGUUUUGCAAGCUUGCAGCUGGUUGUAGACCCACAGGAAAGUGCGGAGAAGGCACUGAGAAAUGGAUGCCGCGUAGAAGUCAGGUAGCCCAUUGAUUAUGAGUUAUGAAACUGUUCAGCAACUUGCUCGUGUUGCAUCAGUUAGUGUAAUCCCCAUCAAACCUAAUCAAAAUGUUAAUGAUUUCCAUUAAAGUGCAAACCAUGCUAGCUAGCUAGCUAGCUAACCCCAUGACACUGACCCUCCAACUGAUCGCAAUCUCAGCGUUGAUGAAUUGCAGAUUGCAAGACUAGGAUCCCCUGAUCAUUGUGAAAUCAUUACUCUUGCAACUAAGCAUAAGUAGCUAAUCCUUGACGGUGUCACUCUCAUAACACAAGAUUCCGAAUAAGAUGUAGCCCAUCCAUCAAAAGGCUGGACCCAAGAUGCCUGCACAAGGCUUGUCUGCCAAUAUCUCAUUGCACAAUGCUGAAAUCUUGUUAGCAUGGGGUCCUCGUGUCACUUAUCCACCAGACGUGCCACUAUGGCAGUACCCAUCAUGCACCAAACAUUUGGCCCAUAGAAAUACACAAUCCUUGAUCUGCUUGCCGCAUUGCACAAAUGAACAUUGUGGCCUUGUCCCCUUACCCAAUCAUCAAUGGCACUUGACAGGGCUCAUGUCUCGAGCUAUAAAUUCUUGCUCCAGUAGCCUCAAAACAGCAUCGCUUCAUCCACAAACAAAGCAUUUGCAACUCAACUAAAGUUUCCAGCUCCCAGCAAAAAAGAACCAACCAUGAUCAACGCAAAGAGAAUUGCUCAACUAGCAAAGAAGUGGCAGAGGGUAGCAGCUCUCGGGAAGAAGCGGCUUUCCACGACGACAACAAAAGAAGUCGAAGGGUGCUCAACAGCAGUGGCAGGAAAGGGCCACUGUGUCAUGUACACCACUGAUGGGAGACGGUUUGAGGUGCCAUUGGCAUACCUCAGUACGGUGGUCUUCAGUGAGCUAUUGCGGAUGUCCGAAGAGGUGUUUGGUUUCGCAGGCAGUGAAGGAGGGAUCAAGCUGCCCUGUGACGCCAUGGUGAUGGAGUACGCCAUGUCCUUGCUCAGGAGAAGUGCCUCUGCUGAGAUGGAGGCGGCGUUCCUUAGCUCCAUGGUGAUGCCAUGCUGCUAUGCAGCUCCACCUGUGGGAGUUAGCCAGCAUGUUAUUGUCUACAGUUGCUAAUUGUCAUCAUGUUUUGUACUUUUGUACGUAAAGUAGUUCGAUGUAGGAAAUAGGAAAGAGGAUGUUCUAUGCAAAAAAAGUAGUUUUGCAACUGAUUAAGCAAUCGAAAAACAGUUACAAACAUCGUUCCCCAAGCGUAUAUUUUCUGCAG